AUGUUAUGGUGCAUAACCGCCAGCCGUUGUCCGGAUUGUGGCCGCACCACCGUGCCGUAUCCACUGAGCACGGAGCCAAACUGCGGUGACCAGGCAAACAAGGUUCAGUGCAAUGCAGGAACACUGUGGUUCCACACCCUCAACAACUCCUAUCCAGUCACAUCCGUUAAUCCGCUAACGCAGCGGAUUGUGAUCCAACCACCAGGAGUGGCAAACAAGAACACAUGUGUCGCUGCUGAUUUCCAAUCUCAGGGAAUUUUGCUGGACAACAACCUUCCCUUCAACAUUAGUGGCAGCAACACUGUGAUAGGCAUGAACUGUUCAACUGAAAUGCUUACCACCUCCUUAAACUGCUCCUCCAAUAGCAUAUGCCACGACUACGUUAGGCACAAUCCAAUGGCAUCAUCAGCUUGUGGGAACUUGUCAUUAUGUUGUUCAUACAAAACUGGUGGAUCUUCAAAUGCCUACAAAAUCAGGGUUAGAAAGGAACGUUGUGUUGCCUAUGUGAGUUUUGUGAAUUUGGACCCUACGUUGGAUGUGAGCAAGUGGCCUCAGCCUGCGGUUGAGAUGCAAUGGGUGUUGCCGGAAGAGCCAGGAUGGGCAAGUUACAAGUAGAUUGGUUUGGCAAACUCGGUGUGCUUGCCGGUUCCGUCCAGUGCCAAAGAGAGGAAGUGCUUGUGCAAGACUGGGUUCAAAUGGGACCCCAUCAAUGGAAUAUGUCAAAACAUAAAGUGUAAAAAGUUGAGAGGAUGCAAACGGAAAAAGUUUGUAGCCCCAGUCAUUGGAGGCUCCGCCUUUGCUGUUGUUGCAAUGCUAAUUGGAGGAUCCUCUGCCUUUAUAAUUAAGCGACGUGGUCGAAACGUUGCAAGAUCAGCAAAGUCUAGCUUGGCAAAGUUCAGAGAAGACAUACUAAAUGCUAACAGUAGUACUGGCAAAUCAGCCAAGAAUUUCACAGGCAAAGAAAUCACAAAAGCAACCAACAACUUCUCCAAAGACAACCUUCUUGGCUCCGGUGGCUUUGGCGAUGUCUUCAAGGCCACACUUGACGAUGGAACUGUCACAGCAGUGAAGAAAGCCAAGGCUGGAAACAUAAAGGGCAUCGAUCAAAUUCUCAACGAAGUUCGAAUUCUUUGCCAAGUAAACCACAGAAGCCUAGUCAGAUUAAUGGGUUGUUGUCUUGAGCUUGAACAACCGCUUUUAAUCUACGAGUACUAUGUCCCAAACGGUACCCUUUUUGAUCAUCUACAUGGAAGUUACCACAGUGCCACCAAAAGGGUAUCACUAACUUGGGCCACGAGGCUCACCAUUGCUCACCGAACUGCUGAAGGACUUGCCUAUCUGCACGAUUCAGUCGAGCCAAGGAUUUACCACCGUGACAUAAAGUCGAGCAACAUUUUACUCGAUGAAAAGCUCAACGCUAAGGUUGCUGAUUUUGGUCUGUCGAGGUUGGCCGUGACCGAAUCAAGUCACAUUACAACAUGUGCUCAGGGAACCUUGGGGUACCUAGACCCCGACUAUUACUUGAACUUUCAAUUGACAGACAAGAGUGAUGUCUAUAGCUUCGGAGUUGUGUUGUUAGAGCUGUUGACUGGUAAGAAAGCUAUUGAUUUUAACAGACAAGAAGACGACGUGAACUUGGUGGUUUAUGUCGAGAACAUUUUAAGGGAAGACAGACUAAAUGAUGCCAUUGAACCUAAGCUUAAAGAGGAGGCUGGCACAAUGGCUCUGGAGACUAUGAAGGCAUUAGGGUCUCUGGCAGCUGCAUGCUUGGAUGAGAGGAGGCAAAAUCGACCCUCCAUGAAAGAAGUUGCUGAUGAAAUUGAGUACAUUAUUAGUAUCGUUACAAAUGAGGUUUCAGCAACUUAA